CGACGAAAUGGCGCCGGCUGCCCCGACGAUGGACGACCCGGUACGUGAGCUCUCUCAAUGUGUGCGUUCGCCGUGUUUCAUGCGUCUGACGUCCGGUGAUUCGUAGGAGUAUUGGAAGGACCGCCGUGAGGCUGACAUCCAGGAAAUUAUCUUCGGCGGCGGCUUCGUUCGCGGUGAUCCGGCCGGGACCCCGCUGGAUGACUGGGAGCCAACGGCAGAUGAACGCGCGGAGGACAUCGAAACCGCACGCCUGUUCGCCACCCAGCAGACGCAGCCAACACCCGUGUCGGUGGACGACUUCGACGACGCGCCAACAAAGCCUGCGAAGAAGAAGGGGGAGAGCCACAGGACACAAGGCUUCGUCGACGAGGAGGACAAGUGCUUGUGCGAAGCAUGGCUUGCAUCGAGCAAUGAUUGCAUUAAUGGCGCGCAGCAAAAGGGCAAGGUCUAUUGGGCCAAGGUCUCGCAGCAGUACAACGAGACCAGGCGGCACCCGCCCUACAAUAUCACAAGCCCUCGGACGUUAGAGUCCCUCCGAAAAAGAUGGAACUACAUCAAGCAAGAGACAGCCAAGUUUUGCUCGGCGGUCGAACAUGCUAUUAACAACCCCGUAAGCGGCGCUGGCGUCAUGACAGUGGUAUCCCGCGCCUUGGAGAAGUUCAGGGCGACGCAUAAGAAGGGCUUCCAUAUGGUCCAUUGCUGGGACGUGCUCAAGAACGCCAACAAGUGGAUGACAAGCUAUGCGGCCUACAACGAAGCUGUGAGGAAUGGGACAGCGAUCAACCUCGACGGCGAGGACGACGAUCAAGGCCGUCCAGCCCUUCCACCUCGUCCACGAGGCCACAAGGCUACCAAGGCCGAUCUACAGCGGGAGGCGCGGGCCCUUGCGUUCACCAUGAGCAUGGAGAAGAUGAUGGCCGACAAUCAUGCCGCCAUGGCUGCUAGGGACGAGAAGAGACGUCUGGAAAAAGAGGCCGCAGCUGCCAUCUACCACAACCUCGCCAAAGAGGUAAUUGAGGUCCAAAAGGCAGACGCCGAGGCCAAAUUGCUUGACGCCGAGGCUAGGAGGAUGGACGCCAAGGCCAAGAUCCUUGCGGAGGACACUAGGAUCAUGCUAGCCGACUUGAGCAGCGUCGACGACGACACCAGGGCCUGGUUCAUGAAGAGGCGCGCCGAAAUCCGCGCGCGAGACGCCUGAUCGCCGGCGCCAUGCGCCCAGCACCUUGGCCUCCUUUUGGACAUUUUUAUUGCUGCACAGGCCUUGUUGUGCCCCUUUUGGUCUCCACUUUGCGCAGUCCGAUAUGCAAAGUGGGGUGAACUUGUUUCAGCCCUCAAAAUGCGGCUGUAAAUUUGGUGCAAAAGUUUAUGCGUGCUUCUAUUUUUUGAAUUCUGGCCUACGCCCAAAAUGCGUCGCCCCGCUGGAGCCAGCCCCAGACGCAAACGGACACGCGACCAUUUCCGCGUCCGCCUCGCGACGCAAACGGACGCCCGCGGACAUUUUGGGUGUCCGAAAUGCGUCGCGCCGCUGGAGAUGCCC